CCCCGGGGCGGGGGCGUGGCGCUGGGAGGGGGCGCCAUGCGCCAUGUCAUGGAGGUUCAGUGUGCGAGCGGCCAUUGACGGGGCCGGAGCUGCGUGCGGAGCGGGGCGGCGGCGGCUGCCCGCGGCGUUCCCCUCCCCACUCCCGCCUCUGCCUCCCGGCCGCGGCCGCCCCCGCCACUCCGCGGCCGGUCACCCGCUCGCCCUCCCUCGCUAGUGCGGCGCCGCGGGAGGAGGGGGGGGAGCGAUGGAGAUGAAGAAGCGCAUCAUCCUGGAGUUGCGGAACCGGGCCCCCGAGAAGGUGACGGAGCUGGUGCUGGACAACUGCCGCUCCAGCAACGGCGAGAUCGAGGGGCUGAGCGACUCCUUCAAAGAGCUGGAGUUCCUCAGCAUGGCCAACGUGGAGCUCACGUCGCUGGCCAAGCUCCCCACGCUCAGCAAGCUCCGAAAGUUGGAAUUGAGCGACAACGUCAUUUCAGGAGGGCUGGAGGUGCUGGCGGAGCGGUGUCCAAAUCUCACCUAUCUCAACCUUAGCGGCAACAAAAUCAAAGAUCUCGGCACUGUGGAAGCUCUUCAAAAUCUCAAGAACUUGAAGAGCCUUGACCUGUUCAACUGUGAGAUCACGAACCUGGAGGAUUACAGGGACAGCAUCUUCGAGCUGCUGCAGCAGAUCACCUACCUGGACGGCUUCGAUCAGGAGGACAACGAGGCGCCCGACUCGGAAGAUGAUGACGAUGAGGAAGGAGACGAAGACGACGAGGACGAGGAUGAGGAUGAAGCUGGGCCUCCCGGAGAGUACGAAGAGGAAGACGAUGAAGACGACGGCGGCUCCGACUUGGGGGAGGGAGAAGAGGAGGAGGAAGUUGGUCUUUCCUACCUGAUGAAGGAAGAGAUUCAGGAUGAAGAUGACGACGAUGACUACGUUGAAGAAGGAGGCGAUGAGGAGGAAGAAGCAGAGGGCGUGCGAGGGGAGAAGAGGAAACGAGAGCCCGAAGACGAAGGCGAGGAAGAGGAGGAUUAAUUUGGUAGAGACACCAGUAGGACCAGACUCUUCAGUUCCGAAUACGCAAUAGUGAUUAUGCAGAUCUGUAUGUCUCCAUGUACCAUAGAUGUCCCUACAGAAGAGAAUAUGUUAACUUUUUAUAGGAGAAGUGUGGUUUUACUAUUCUUGCCCUUUUUAUCAUUCCAAAUAAGAUAUAAUAGCCUGGUAGUGAACCUGUAUGUAGAAAACAAUUCUCAGCCCUAUAAUCACUGAAGCCAUUGUCAAGUUUUUCCCCCUAGACCUGGACUGGAGAUGUUUAAUUUUAUACACGCUUGCUGUGUUGGUCAUCGGUAGCCGGAGUUCAACACCCGUUCACCUGGGUUUAAUAUUGGGAAUUUCCUUCAAGAUUUUAGGAUUUUUAUACUUAGAAAGCUGAGCUCAACAAUGCUACACGGCAAAUUGCAGUCUCUUUGGAACGAGACUCUAGUCUGAGCUUAGCAGGGAUUCUAUUUUAACUCACCAACUGGAUGACACCUUUAUUUCAGCCUUUGAAAACGUGACUCCUGUCAUAUUUUUCAAGUCUUCUGUCCCGUUUUGCGUGUUGCGUUGUAAAGUCUACCUGGGUUUCCCUGCUUGUUCCGGUCGUGUUUGCUGGGACAGGUACCUUCAAGAAGGUAUCUUGGCAAACUGAAAGGGUUGUAAUCCUUCCAUUUCCUCCGAAAUAGUCAUUGCAGGUAUGAACAAAAGCAAAUAAUGUGUAGUUUUCAACCGUCUGGCUACAAGUCUUGGUUAACUUUGGCUCCCUUUGCUCUCGCGUUGUCGUUUUGGGAGUUCUGCAGCAAUCAUGGCGUUUGGCUGGAAAAUCUCUGCGUUUCGGUGCAGAAGUUAACGGGUAACUCCUUAAGCACAUUAUUUUCCAAACAACCCCCCCACGCUUUUACAGAAUCACCGAAGGGGGAAAGAUGACCAGCAGUUGCUCUUUCUUCGCAGGUCACCUUGUAAACUUUUUAAAUCUGGUUGCAGGCAAAACAUUUGAGUUCGUGUACAAUACUAGUUCAUAGUUUAGGGUUUUUUAUACGGAAUGGCUGUGGAAACUUGUUCCAUCGCAAGUGCAGGAGAUGCGCGGACGAGUCUUGUGUCCAGCAGCCCGAUCGUGGCCAACGCGUCUCAAUAAUUGCGCCCCAACGGAUCCGUGUUUUCUGUUUGCGCCACCGCAGAACAAGUUCCAGCGCCCAGCGUUCCUCUUGCGGUCCUGAUUGGGGUUUAAAGCAGUUGUCUGGGUAUCAAACUAAUUGACAUUGUUUCACGGUAGGUACUGAACCAAAUAUCACACACAGCUUUAUUGGAGAGACUUAUUUUUGUAUCUCUUGGCUGACAAUAGCUGCCAUUAAACUGGGGAGACACCGGGGGGGAGAGGGAGGUUUCCUGGCCCGAAGGAAGAGCCGGUCACCUCCGGAUGGGUUACCUGUGAAUAUCGGAUAGGGAUUUCACACACUAGCAGUUUAAACGUGACUUCCAACUCUAAAUCGAGGGUAGAUACUGCAGGGUUGAAGUUCUGCAAAGCCCAAUUCCUUGUGCGUGUGUUUUUGGGUUAUUUUUCCCCCAACUAGAGCCUUAACGGGUAGUUUCUCACGUAGCUGUAAAGCAUCCUCAGCCGUUAGCGGCGCCUGAGGGAAACGAGUCGGGCAAUCCUCGGAAAUAACCGACUCCGUGGGCUUGCAUUUGGUUUUUUAAUGAAUACCUGUAAAGACACUAGAGGUAAAACCACAUCUGCAGCCGCAGCCUGAGCUCCCGUGUUCGUGUGUGCAUACGCAAUGAACAGAAGCCGUAGGGAAGUGCAAUCCCAUCGUGUCGCGGGGCUCUGGUCGAGGCGCCUGCUUUGUGCUCCGCUUCGAGCUACAAAACUCUUUGCCCAUCUUUUUGCUGGUUUUUCUUAGUCUCAGCAAGUGAUGGAAACCUAUUAUUUAUAAGCGUAAAGUACCUCGUUGUCGGGGUUGUCCUUAACGCUCUUUUCCUGAUGCAUAUAAAAUUAGUUUUAAAUGGCAAACCACUCUAUUUUGCUGGAUUAAGGUGAUUUGAGCGCUGGUCUUGAGCGCGUCCAGUUGUGACACUGGAUGAGCGGAUGGGACGGACCAGACUAAACUGGGCAGGGUGGGCAGAGCUUCCCUGGGACCCGCAGACUUAAACGCUUCCUAAGCCCGACCUGGCGGCCCCGGCCGCUCCGGCUCCAGACCUGAGCCUCGCACAGAGCUUCACUUCCUGCGGAACUUCGUCUUUUCCUCAGCGUUACCAUCUAAGUAGAGUCCCACAUUUGUCAGCUUGGCAUGCGAUUAAACGGCGUUUUUUUAAACAAAUGAGUGACGCAGAGCCUCCAGAUUAACUUUUGAAACUUUUUUGCUUGGUGGGUGGUCUUUUCAUGCAAAUAUGUACGGGUGGGUUUUAUAUUUUGUAGAGGUUUUGUCCUAUUUUAAUGCUCUUUGUAUGGCAGUAUGUAUAUAGUGUGUUUCGGUUCCUUAUCAAACUCUUUCCUUAAACUUUGGAGUAACUGAUUUUGUGCAACCGUGUUUUGAAUAAAGCCAUGACAGUGUUAAAUUAAAGAGAACAACCCUGCAGCACUCUUCUGAGAAUUUUUAGUUGUAACAAAACAUGUUUCCUCCCCACGUGUGCUGUAAAUUUUAAAUUAAAAAGUUUUCAGACGGAAUUAUUUCAAAUAAAUGAGACUAUUGUAUUGGA